AUGCCAGCAAAUGUUGUCUCAGCUCCCCGUUCCAAGACGCCCGUAUCCAACCGGCGGUUUCUUCCUACGUCUGCUUCCUCUAUAUCGAAAGCGUCUGGCCCUCCCUCCGCACCCAAAAAUCCGUUUCAGAGCUCUCGCUCAACUCAAGGACUGCCUCUCGCUCCUCCAUCGUCAUCCACUCCGCGCUUUCAAAGGCCAUCUGGGACGCCGCAUGUCAAAGAUGAUAUCGAUGUCAGCUUUGAGGAAGAUCCUUAUUCAUCAGCUCUUCCUCGAAGCCGUUCUAUGACCAAGGCUCAAGUGUUUGGUGGGCUAGAAGAUGAAACCCCACAGGAUCAGUCACCGUUACUUUAUAGGACGACGCACGCUGGGCGCCAGAGGCCUGAAGAAUCGAUGCGCAAGGCGCUCGAAUCUAGGCUGUACCCCUUCACACCGGUCGCUAAGAAACAAAAGGUAUUUCAUGUACAAAAUCAGAAGCAAGAACCAAUCACUAUAUCGUCCUCACCAGAAUACGAUCAAGAUGAAGAUCAUGAGGAAGAUCAUAUACCUCGCCUAAUAUCAGACUUUCCUGAUCCGCAACAUUUGUCAGACGAUGACCUUGAGGAAGAGAUUGAAGCAAUUGAAUCCCCCAACAAGAAAGAUGUGACUAUUGCAUCAAGAUUUAUGGAAAUCCCAUUGGUUCCAAAUACAACGGCCACCGUGGCUAAAAGUGCAUUCCGUUCAAUAUCAAAAAGUGAAGACAUUCCUCAGAUUGAUGUUGGGCAAACUCUGCCAGAUGUAUUUUCGCCGUCAAAGCGAAACGGAAAACACGACUAUAUCGCUAAUGGCAAUGCGGCGCUGGUGCGGCGGUGGGUGCUGGAUAUCGCCGCGCAGCAGUCGCACUCAACCCAACAAAAAUGUGAGAUCGAGGUCGCUGAGGCUCACCUAGACAACAGUCGUAGAUUCAUUGUUGCUCUAGAUACAGAUGGAUCUGAAUGGAUCAUUCCAGCAAAAUAUUCACAGUCACGAACAAGUCUGCAGUCAGGGUUGAAUAGCAUUCGGCCGGGGUCUAAGCUGGUUCUCAAGAGUGAGGCCACCAGGUGGAGAGUACCAAUUGGACCCUCGUCAUCCGAGAGAGAGAUUGCAGUCGCUGCAUACUGGGACGUUGUAACAUGA